UAUAAGUUUGUUCAUUACAUUGAAAGAGUAAAGAGAGGUAGAGUAGUAUACUAUGAUAUAAAAUCCAUUGCCUUGAGUUGUAAAGAAAAAAAAUAGAGAGUCAGUAAGUUAUUAUAAUUAUCUUUUGAGCUCUAAAUAAUUGAAAUGAGCUCAAUAUUUUCAGUUUCGGCUAAGCCUUGCAUUAGAAGCAACCAUGCCAAAUCUGUAGUUACAAGAGCAAAAGCUCAAGUGAUGAUAGCUCCAACCCAAUCAAACUCAACUUCUGCUUUACCUCAGCAAAUAAUUGUUCGUAACGAUGUUCAUGUGCGCGAAAUUGUCGAAAGGCAGUCGCAAUCUGAUUCGUUAUUAGCCCGCCAACAUCUUUGUAAAAAGCCAGAGUUUCAUCCUUUGUUUCUUGAAGAAGCUUAUGAGGGCUGCAAACACAUUUGUGCUGAAUAUGCCAAGACUUUCUACCUAGGAACUUUACUAAUGACAGAGGAAAGGCAGAAAGCUAUUUGGGCAAUUUAUGUUUGGUGUAGGAGGACAGAUGAACUAGUAGAUGGACCCAAUGCAGACUACAUGAGCUCCUCUGUUCUGGACCGAUGGGAAGAACGAUUACACGAUAUCUUCGAUGGCCGGCCUUAUGACAUGCUCGAUGCUGCACUUACCGAUACUGUUUUCAAGUUUCCCCUAGACAUUAAGGCAUUCAAGGACAUGAUUGAGGGAAUGAGAAUGGAUACAAGGAAAAGUCGGUACUCGAAUUUCGAAGAGCUGUACCGUUACUGCUACUAUGUUGCUGGGACUGUGGGCCUAAUGAGUGUUCCUGUAAUGGGAAUAGCACCCGAAGCUUCUGCUUCUGCUCAGACAAUCUAUAAUGCAGCACUCAACUUGGGUAUUGGCAAUCAGCUCACUAACAUCCUCAGAGAUGUAGGAGAGGAUGCGAGGAGAGGAAGAGUUUACCUCCCACAAGACGAGCUUGAACAAUUCGGAUUAUGCGACAAAGAUGUUUUGGAUGGAAAAGUAAGCGACGGAUGGAGAGAGUUCAUGAAGGAACAAAUUACAAGAGCAAGAUACUAUUUCAACCUUGCUGAAGAAGGAGCCUCUCAACUCGACAAGGCUAGCCGUUGGCCGGUAUGGUCAUGCUUGAUGUUGUACAGAAAAAUCUUGGAUGCAAUUGAGGAUAAUGAUUAUGAUAACUUGACCAAGAGAGCUUAUGUUGGAAAGACUGAGAAGCUUCUCACCUUGCCCUUAGCAUACUCUAAAGCUCAAUCCCCAAACCAAUUUGAUUUGUCAUCAACAAUGUUAGAGUAUUUAGGAAUAUAUCAAAACACAUUUCUGAUCAAGAAAUGAACUAGUAUGUAUAUAAUUCAAUAAACCAAUAGUUUCACAAGAAAAGUCUUAUGACAUAAAUCUCACAUUUUAUCUCAUAUUCUUCAUCAUAAUGC